GUCAAGCAGACGUUUGACCGAGCCAAGUCUUGGAUGGUCCUCGUUAAAUGGCACAACGAUUUGAUUACCUGGGAGGGUUUCCGGUUUAAAAAAAAUGUCGUUCUGUAUAGAAAUGCUUCGGCAGGUCGGUGGCGUAAUGCUUAUUUCUUUCUAUUUGGCCACUCCUGCAAUUGCACAAUGUCAUCCUGAAUGGUGUGGAUCGCAGAAUUUGAGUUACCCAUUUUGGAUAGACAAUCCGAGUUGUGGAUACCCUGGUUUUCAGGUCAAGUGCAUGGAGAAGGAGAAUGGGAAUUCGAGCCGAGGGCGCGGUCUAUUUCUGAGCGCCGUUGUAAAUGGCAAGGAGGCGGAGUUUGAGAUCCUAGAGAUCAAUUAUACAGGCUCUCUCAUAAUAAAUUCCACUUCUCUAAAAGCCAUGUCGUGUGAUAACACAAAAGAUACAUUUCUGCAGUUCAAGUUACCGGCAGACGGCCCCUUCACCAUUUCCUCCGAUAAUAAAUUCGUGGUCAUUGGUUGCAAUUCAACAGGUUCUUUCACACUUGAUGAAACGGACAGUAACGCAGGAGGUUCCUGUAAAUCUGCAUGUCUAAAUCAAUAUGAUCCCGUAUACUGCAACUACUAUGGGUGUUGUGAAGCUGGUAUUCCAGGAAAUAAAAGGCUCAUAAAUUUCACUGGUGGGGGUAUUUCCUAUAAGGACUUUCCGGGUGUGUGCGGGUUCUCCACUAUUCUUGACCCACCUACAUGGGACAUACUGAAAGUCGAACGAGGCGUCUUUGCCAGGGGCCAUUACGGCCUCCGCCUCCAGUGGGGCAUCGACCUUGGGAACUGCUCGACGGCCAAAGGAACAGCCAAUUACUCUUGCGCCACUGAAGCCCAAUGUAUAAAUUCUCAAACAGGGGACGGCCACGAUUGCAAAUGUCUUCCGGGCUAUGUAGGGACUGGUUAUUCUAAAGGCAGCGGUUGCAAAGAUGUAGAUGAAUGCAGUCAAGGAGACUUGAAUCAGUGCGUUGAAGCAUUGCAGGGGGGUGUGUGCCAAAAUUCGCCUGGCUCUUACAAUUGUUCGUGUGCAAAGGGUUAUAGAGGAGACGGCUUUCAAAACGGAACAAGAUGCCAGCCAUCGAGCUCAAAUAACUCCGUCAUUAGAUAUGUGACAAUAGGAUCUGUCUCCUCUUUUGUUGUUGUUUGUUUAGCAGCGUCUCUUUUCGUUUGGCGGCUUAAGAAACGCCACUUGAAACUUGUGGAGGCCAAGUAUUUUCAGCAGCUGCAGCAAUUCAUCGCUUCUAGAGUGGGUAGAGAAAGCCUAAAAAUGUUUUCUGCCAAAGAAUUGGCAAGAGCUUCUAAUAAUUAUUCAAAUGAAAUGGUGUUGGGAACUGGUGGCUUCGGAACUGUGUUCAAAGGCAUUCUAUUGGAUGGUACCCUUGUGGCCAUUAAAAAGUCCAAGCAAGCUUUAAAUCUGAAGGAUGACCAUGAGUUUCUAAAUGAGGUUGCAAUUCUCUCCCAAAUAAAUCACAGAAACAUAGUGAAAUUGUUGGGUUGCUGCAUCCAAACUAAAUUCCCAUUAUUGGUAUCAGAAUUCGUUCCGAAUGGAACGCUGUUUGAACAUUUACACUCCAAAGAGGGAUCUUUGCCUUGGGCGUCACGUUUGCAGAUUGCUAUCGAGACGGGCGAGGCCUUGGCAUAUCUCCACUCUGGAGCAUCUCAACCCAUUUUCCAUCGGGAUGUAAAAUCGUCUAAUAUUCUCUUAAAUAAGACAUUUUCUCCCAAAGUUGCAGACUUCGGGAUUUCCCGUCUCAUCUCUGUUUCCAAUAACACACAUCUCACCACAAAUAUAAUGGGCACAAGAGGUUAUUUAGAUCCUGAGUACUUUCAAACUUAUCAGCUCACCGACAAAAGUGAUGUAUUCAGUUUUGGUGUUGUCCUGGUUGAGCUUCUAACAGGUCUGAAACCCCUGAGUGCAGAAAGGAUCAGCGAGGAGUGGAAUUUAUCUACACUUUUUCUUAACAGAGUCAAGGACAACAACCUCAGGGAAAUCUUAGAUUGCAAAGUGUUGGAGGAAGAAAACCUGCAACAGAAGGAAGAUAUGGCGAUGUUAGCAAGAGAAUGCCUUCAUUUGGAAAGGAGGAAGAGACCGUCGAUGAAAGAGGUGGUGGAGGAACUUGUUCGGAUAAGAGGUUGCUCAAGAAAGUCAAAGUUGUAUGACGGUCGCGACGAAAUAUUUGAGCAGACUAGUAUUUCGAAAGAAGCAUCACAAAUGUCAAGCGAUUUCAGGAGUUACACUUUUCCAUCUAGAGGAGUGAGUACCUCGGAGGAGCCCUUCUCUGCAAUGAUUCAGAUGUCGAGCCUAGUCUGAAUCAUUGGGAAUUCACAUAGUAGUGUUAGUAGGGUUUAUGUUAAUGUAUUAAUCAUAGGUUAAUUCGUUUUUCUUGUAGGCAGUUUUCUGUUCUGGCAGUCAGCAGUUUUCUGACUGCCUUUAAAUAAAGAAUGUAUUUUCCAUUUUAAAUUAAUAUACAGUUUGUGUCAUUUCUAUUCUAUUCAUAAAUUCUAGCUUGACAGUAACAUUCGAGCCCAGGAAAUAUAAUUGUUCGAAUUUGUAAUAUGUAAACAAAUUAUGGCAGAAA